CGAGAGCGGAGCGGAGCGGAGCGGGCGCUGGCGGCGCGAUGGCCGUGCCCGGCUGGGAGCGCGCGGCGCGGCUGCUGCUCUGCGCCGUGGGGCUGACGCUGUCUGUGUACGCCUUCCACGUGGAGACCUCGAAGGAGCGCGACGCCUCCUACCGGGCCAUGUGCGAUAUCAGCGCGGCCAUCAGCUGCUCCCGGGUGUUCACUUCCAGGUGGGGUCGUGGUUUUGGCUUGGUAGCAGGCCUCCUGGGACCGCACAGUGUGUUCAACCAACCAAAUAGUGUCUUUGGGCUCGCUUUCUACACCCUGCAAAUCCUUUUGGGCUUCUCCAAGAGUGGCCUAGCCGCUGUAACGCUCUUGGGUACUUCGGUCGUCUCCAUUGCUGGUUCGCUCUACCUGGCCUACAUCCUCUUCUUUGUGCUCCACGACUUCUGUGUGAUUUGCAUCAGCACCUACGUCCUCAACUUCAGCCUCUUCUUUCUCAACUACAUGCGCCGCGGCUACCUCAACCAAGCCUGGCAGCAGCGCGCAACCAAGGCCAAGAGGCAGUGAAUGCCACGGCACCCCGGUCUGGACAGUCCUGCAGGAGGGACACUUCACAGUGGCGUUGCUCUAAGGAUUGCCUUUUUGCAUAAGCCCAGGAUGCUCCUCCUGCCCCGAAACCAUUUGUACCCCUUCUCCCUCUUGCCUUGGAUCUGCGAGACCCUUUUGCCGGGGGCAGCUGGCAUCCUUCACAUCAGUGGGGCUUCUUAUGCAUCGCUGCUUUUCUUUUCAGCCUUGUAGGAGCUGCCUGUGGUUGUGAGCCUCUUGACGGGGGGCAGGGGGGGUUCAGCACCAUGGAUAGCUGCUAUAAAGCUGUAAAGAAAAACUGGAGCGGGUGAGGAGUGACCGGCCUCCCUGUGCUCUGCUCUGCAUUCCCUGCGUCUGAACCUCCAGACUCCAGUCGAAUGAGCAGCCUGGUCUCUAUUUUGGAACCAAACUGGAUGCUGCUGUUGAUUGUGCCGGCAAAACGAUUUGUAGAACAAGCUCUUCCCUUUUUGAAAAAUAGAUGAAGCUUAUUUUUAUAGCUUUUCAUAAACUUUUUUUUAACACAGAUCAGUUUGUGCCUGUACAGCUAUUCCGGAUGAUAUUUUAAGUGUGUGAAGGCAUUAAAUGGAUGGCCUUUACAGCCAUUUCAGUUGCAGCGAUAGAUAAUGCUUUGGGCAGAGCCCAGUUGUGCUGGGAGAAGUGUCAUUUUUGGAUCACCCUGUCAAAGUCGAUACAUCGAUGAAUGGCUGCUUUCUAUUCCAACACUAAAGUUACAGUCCUUUACACAACUACUUAGGAGCAAGCCCCACUUAAUUAAAUGGGAUUGGCUUCUGGGAAGGCCUGCACAGGAUAGAGUUGUAUGAAAAUGAAUCUCGUUUCUCUUGGUCGAACGUUCAUGCUGAUCUUCAGAGCUGCUCAUGGUUUACUUUUCCCGUCAUUAAUGAUAGUUCUCUUGUGCAUAACUCAGGGCUGGCCCCGUUCUUGGGCAAGCUGAGGCAACCUACAUAUGGAGGGGUGUAAUUACAGAGAUUGUGCAUCAUAAAUUACUUGUAUUAGGCAUUGCAGAAAUAUUAAAAUGAGACAUUCCUAGCAUCACAUUGUUUAAUUAUAUUUGGGGAAAAAGAUUUAGGACUUUCUGGUUCAGGCAUCAAAAGGCUCUCUGGCCCCAGUAGGCGGGAACCUAAGAAGUUGCCUUUUGCUGAGAGGGAGACCCUUGGCCUGUCUAGUCCGGUAUUGUUGGCAGCAACUCCUCGGGGUUUCAGGAAGGAUUUUUGGCAGCCCUACCUGGAGAUAUGGGACUCAGAACUGGGACUCUGCAGGUAAAGCAGGUGCCAUGCAACUGGGUUACAGACUGCCCCUAAAUGCAGCCUAUCCUUUGUACAUCUUUCUUAUUUGUGUAAGAAGAAAGUGAACACCAGCCUCGUCCAGCCUGGUGCCGGGAUGCUAGCAAUUGUAGUCCAACUGAAGGUACCAGCUUGGGGAAGAUUGGCAUACGCCAUGAAGGACAUCAGCAAUUGUGAUUGCUUCUCCUUUCGAGUCCGAUUUAUGCUUCUGUUUCUGGGUAUGUGCUCCCAGUUGAAAGCAGGGACACUUUGCACCCACCAAUGUAUUAAGUCCACAAAUGAAAGAAAGAAUGUUAUAUAAUUUUAUUUGAUCUAGAAGAAAAUAAAGGCACCAAAGGGAGAAAGCAGGGCUUGUUGCCCAGAGAAGUCAUCUUUCAUUGAUCCUGUGAGUCCUAAUGUAUUAAAUUGGACUAUAGUUGCAUAUGAACAAAAGCAAAGCACAAUAAAACACUUUUGUUUUUAA